UUCUCCUCUAGUCUAUACUCCCAUCCUAACCCGUCCCCUCCUCUCUCGCACUGUACAACGAUGGCGAUUUCCUCACUGCAAAAACUCGCCUCUCAGAUUACGAAAAAUCCCUCCGCAGCCCUCUUCUCUCGCGCCCUAAUUACCCGAUCUUCUGCCUCUACUUCAGCCAAGGUCUCGGAUCGACUCGUCAAGCUUUUCGCAGUGGAUCCGGACGGCAUCAAGCGCCAGGUAGUGGGGCUCUCGGGUCAAACCCUUCUCAAGGCAUUGACCAACCAGGGUUUGAUCGACCCGGACUCCCACCGGCUUGAAGAGAUCGAUGCGUGCUCGGCCGAAUGCGAGGUGCACAUCGCCCAGGAGUGGCUCGAGAAGCUACCCCCUCCUACUUAUGACGAGCAGUAUGUAUUGAGGAGGAAUUCUCGUUCCAGGGUCAUGAAUAAGCACUCCAGGCUCGGUUGCCAGGUGGUUCUCACUCCUGAGCUGCAAGGUAUGGUUGUCGCCGUGCCUGAGCCCAAGCCGUGGGACAUUCCGUAAUAUCUUGAUCCCGAGAACAGUCACUGCGCGGUCAGUUUUAAGGAUUUAUUUGAAUAAUGGGGACAAAAUACUUUCCAAACCAGACUGUGUUGAAUAUUUUGAUGGUUAAUUUGAUUGUUGCAGUAAAAUGGUGUUGUUCUUGGAUGAAAUUUGAGAAAUUGGAUUAUUUAUUAUUCAUAUAUGUUGGCGUUCUAUGUUGUGGCCC